AUGGACUCUACAUUGGAUUACAACGCAAAGAAAUAUGGGGGAAUUGGCAGUUUCAGAGUAUCUGGUAAUGGGGAUGUUUUUGAACCAAUGGCAACUCAUAAUGCUGAUGAUAAAGACAAGAAGCGAGCCAUUGUGGCGGAGUGGUUAAAUUCCAUGCUUCCUAAUUUAAAUUUGCCAGUAAAAGCUUCAGUAGAGGAAUUGAGGGCCUGCUUGAUUGAUGGUGCUGUUUUAUGUCGGUUUUUGAACAGACUGAGACCUGGUUCUGUGAGUGAGGUGCGUGAUUAUGAUCAUUCUUCUGGGAUGCGCUAUGAAAAUGUUAAAAAGUUUCUGGAGGCUUUGGACGCAUUAGGGAUGCCCGGGUUUGAAAUUGCAGACCUGGAAAAGGGAUCUAUGAAGACUGUUUUGGAGUGCAUUUUAACACUUAAAGCACACACUAUACCAACUGUAUGUGGAAAUAAUUUUCCAUUCAGUAGUUCAUUUUCUAAAUCUGGAAACAUUGGUCCUCAAGUGGAUGAUCCUUCGCGUGGGCCUACACCAUGUGGAGAAGACAGGCAAAAGAGUUUUUCAGAAUCCAAAUUUCAACGUGCUUUGCGUAGUCCUGUCAAGUCUGAGCCAUCAGCUGCAUUAAUAUAUCAUGUGGGACACAAGUUCCAUGAGGUGUUUCAACUGAAACAAGGACGCUAUGCGGAUAUUCCUGCUGCUAAGCUUACAGAAAUGAUGAAAUCUAACAGUUUAGAUAAUGCCCCAACUCAGUCACUUUUGAGUGUUGUGAAUGGAAUUCUAGAUGAAAGCGUUGAAAGGAAGAAUGAAGAGAUACCUCACCGUGUGGCAUGUCUAUUGAGAAAAGUUGUGCAGGAAAUUGAGCGGCGAAUAUCAACUCAAGCAGAACACUUAAGAACUCAAAACAAUCUCUUUAAGUCUCGGGAAGAGAAAUACCAGUCGAGAAUCAGAGUACUUGAAACCCUUGCAACUGGGACUAAUGAUGAAAACCAGAUUGUAUUGAAUCAUCUCCAGCAGAUAAAGACUAAAAAGGCCAAUGUGGAAGACAAGAAGAAGCUUGAGGAGGAUAUGGCUAGACUGAUAAAAGAGAAGGAUGACACAAAUCUUGAAAUUUCUUCUCUGAAGCAAGAAAUGGAAAUGGCCCGGAAGAAAGAGAAGGAGCAAUACCAUCUGGAACUUUCAGCUUUAAAGCAAGAACUGGAAAUAGCAAGGAAGAAAGAGAAGGAUCCAAAUGAUUCUAAAAUUUUGGUUCUGAGGCAAGAACUGGAAAUGGCCAAGAAGAAGAAGGAUCAAAGUGGCAUUGAAAUUUCAGCUUUGAAGCAAGAACUUGAAAUAGCCAACAAAGAGAAGGAUCAAAAUAAUAUCGAAAUUACUGCUCUGAAGCAAGAACUGGAAAUAGCCAGGAAGACAUAUGAAGAACAUUUCUCAGAAAUGGAAAAGCAAGGUAUGGGAGAUAAAGCAGAGUUUGAGAAGAGGUCAAGGGAACUUGAGCAGCUCCUAGCCGAUUCAAGGAAUAAGAUAAAUAAACUUGAGGCUUAUUCUGGGUUAGAAGGCCAAAGGUGGGAUAAGAAAGAGCAAAGCUACCUGAGACUUGUGAAUUUUCUAUUCAGUGCCUUGCAGGGAUUGAGGUCCACUUCCGAGUCCAUCAAGAAAGAAGUAUUGGAAACACAGAAGAGCUAUUCAGAGGAUUUUAAAUGCUUAGGAGUAAAGCUAAAAGCAUUAGUAGAUGCCUCUGAAAACUAUCAUGCAGUUCUUGCUGAAAAUAGGAGACUUUAUAAUGAGGUUCAAGAUUUAAAAGGAAACAUUAGGGUGUAUUGCCGGAUAAGGCCAUUUCUCCGUGGGCAGAAUGGAAAGCAGACAACCAUAGAAUAUAUUGGUGAAGAUGGGGAGCUCGGUAUUGUGAAUCCCUCAAAACAAGGAAAAGACAGUCAUCGGUUGUUCAAAUUCAAUAAGGUCUAUGGCCCAGCUGCUACUCAAGCUGAGGUGUUUUCUGACACUCAACCCUUGGUACGAUCUGUUCUUGAUGGCUAUAAUGUAUGUAUAUUUGCUUAUGGUCAAACUGGUUCGGGCAAGACAUACACAAUGACUGGCCCCAAUGCAGCAUCCAAGGAGGAAUGGGGUGUCAAUUAUCGUGCACUAAGUGACCUCUUUGAGAUCACUCAAAGCAGGAGAAGCUCAUUUAUGUAUGAAAUUGGAGUUCAAAUGGUUGAAAUAUACAAUGAACAAGUGCGUGAUUUACUAUCAAGUGAUAGUUCUCAAAAAAAACUUGGGAUUUUGACUACCUCUCAGCCCCAUGGGUUAGCUGUUCCUGAUGCUACCAUGCUCCCAGUCAAAUCAACCUCAGAUGUAAUGGAAUUAAUGGACAUUGGACAAAAGAAUAGAUCUGUAGGUGCCACUGCUAUGAAUGAAAGAAGUAGCCGCUCCCACAGUAUUGUAACUAUUCAUGCUUGGGGGACGGAUUUGAAGACUGGUGCUUCUUUGCGUGGCAGUCUUCACUUGGUGGAUCUUGCAGGAAGUGAAAGGGUAGAUCGCUCUGAGGUAACUGGAGAGAGACUUAGGGAAGCACAACAUAUAAACAAAUCGCUAUCUGCCCUUGGAGAUGUUAUCUUUGCUCUUGCCCAGAAGAGCUCUCAUGUACCAUACAGAAACAGCAAGCUUACUCAAGUCCUUCAGAGUUCUCUUGGUGGUCAAGCAAAGACUCUUAUGUUUGUGCAGCUUAAUCCUGAUGUGAAUUCAUUUUCUGAAACUGCAAGUACUUUGAAAUUUGCUGAGAGGGUUUCUGGAGUCGAGCUAGGUGCUGCACGGAGUAGCAAAGAGGGCAGGGACGUUAAGGAAUUAAUGGAUCAGGUGGCAUCUCUCAAAGACACAAUUGCCAAAAAAGAUGAGGAGAUCGAACGGUUGCAACUACUUAAAGAUCUCAAAAAUGUACAUCCUGGUCUCAACUGUGAGAGAAGUGUUACAGGUUCGUUUAAGUAUGGAUCUUCCCCACCAAGCAGGAAUUUCGUGGGUGGGACUGCUCAACUAAGCCAGAAACUACCAGGUGGGAAAGGCUUAGGACCAGCUGAGAGAGCAGCUUCUGAUCAGGACAACAGUUCAGAAUACAGUGAUAAGCAUUCUGAUGCUGAUUCCCAGCAGUCCAUGGAAGACUUUAAACAACCAAAUGAAUCCCUUCGGAAAUCAAAGCUUGCCGGUGGGGACAUAGGUCAGAAUAAUCCUGCAGAUGCUUCGACCUUAGGAUUUGGGGAGACAGAUUGUGACGAGAGAUCAAGUGAUACAUCUGAUGGUGGUUUUCCUAUGCGAACAGAAAAUAAUGGCCCUGCUCAAUCUAAAGCAUCAGAGACCACAGAGAAGUCUAAACCAGCCUCUAGAAUAACAAGACCACCGCAAAGAACAUUGCGAACUUCAUCUCCUCCACCAUCACAUCUUAAGGAUUCUCCAAAGGCGGCAACAGGAAUGAGAAGAAGUGCUACUAUCAGUGGCACUGGAAGCUCUACUUUCACCAAGCCUCCUAGGCGAUGGCAGUAAAUUAGAAGGAAGUCAGUUGCAUAUUUUUUCCUGGUUAUGCAGUUUGUACUUCACUACUUCCAUGUAAUUCUUUUCUCUUUUCUUUCUUUUUUUCCUGCUUAUAACUGUACAGAAGCUCCUCUAUUGGAAGUCAUUCUUCGUAUUCCACUGCUUUUCGUGGUGGGCAAUGUCAUAUUUAAUUGGAUUUAAUAAACAAACUUUUCAGUUUA